UCUUAACAAAGACCAUAUUAUCUUGUCCAACCUAUACCCAUAAUUUUCAUUCUCACUGUCUUCUAUUCUCCUCUUUAACAAUGUCACGGCGAGAACGAGACUAUCGCGAUUCCGACUCUAGACGACAUCGUUCUGGCUUUGACCGAGAGCCCAGUCCCAAGAGGUCUAGGAGGGAUGGAAAACCAGAAACUGAGAGGGUUCCUAGCUACACUAACUUGAAUGUUGAAGAUAGUACUGAUCGGGACCAAAGGCAUCGGCGCCGGUUACAUGAUGCAUUGCCUCUUGAGGCUCCUUCAGCACCUGAUUCCAAGGUAGAGGCUGGUGUCUUAAGCAAGGAUUCUGAGAAGAAACCCAAUGGAGAUCAUGAAGGAACUAAGCGCUCUUCUGAUCCAAUUGAUGUACCUCGGUCUCGAUCUUAUUUUCAGCACGAUGAGCGUGGUAAUGCCGCGCAAGUUGGUCGAAGCAUUGGGCGGAGAGCAACAACUGAGCGUCGAUGGAGGGAUUCAAAGGAUGAACGAAAUGAAAGGGCAAUAAACAAAUCGUCAAAUUAUGAUUCACAGCAAAGAGAUGGGAGAUCACAUGCUAAGGGGGUUGACAAAAGUGUCUGGCAUCAUGAUGCUUUCUUCAAAAUGGAAGCUGAACCAGCUGCUCCUGUGAGGAAAAGACCUGCAUUUAGGGAGAAGAAAGUUCCAGUAGACUCUGAGAAUGCUGAAAAAACCGUGAUUGAGCCUGUGAAGCCUAGUCAUUCUGAUCGCCCGUCAGAAAUUGAAAGAAGGGAGGAGAGAGAUCGUAACCCCCGCCAUUCUGACAGAUCUGAGAGGCCAGUGUCUAGUAACAGGAAAGAAGCACAAAGGGGUGGCCUUUGGGACAGACAUGGUGUUGGUGGUGGCAAUUACAAAGAAAGAGAGAGAUUUAGCGGAAGGCAAAUUUAUCGCCCAGGUGGUACGCGGCCAGAAAAGUGGAAGCAUGAUAUGUUUGAUGAGGCUAAUAGGAGCCCAAUCAAAAAGAAUGAAGAGGAUCAGAUUGCAAAUGUUGAAGCACUCUUGGCUUCAUAGUUACAAGGAUAAGGUGGAGUCCUUUAUCUGUCUAAUGAAAUGCCUGUAUGCGCUCUAAGCAUGAAAUUUGCCAUGUUAUUUUUGGAUCCUUAAGACAUUUUAAGUAGAAUUUUGGAAUUUGGAUUUCGGAGUGAUUUAUUGAUUGAUGCGACCUUGUUGGCCAAUCCGUUUAGCAACAUGACAUUUCUUAUUUGCUUUUGAGGUAUGUACCACACUUGCAACUAUUUAUCAGCUUCUCGCGCCUAUUCUUA